AUGGAACGAUAUAGGUUUAGGUUCAAAGAAUUUCUAGCACUGAAUAACCCCGCCCCUCAGUGCAUGUUCACGAAAUCCAUCAGACAACGUCCGAAGAUCCAAGCCGCUAUGAAUCCUGUACAGUAUCGGGGCUCGCGGGGUCCCUCCAACGUUAUGGCAGAUACCAAUGCCGAAUAUUUGAAGGUGAUGCUUGCAGAUUACCCUGAUGCGGGAAAACUCUUCCCGUUCAUCCUGGUUAUGGGCGAAACCGGUGCUGGCAAAAGCACUUUCAUCAAGACCCUAGCGCCCGAUUCCGAUGUCAAAAUAGAGCGCGGCUUAGAUCCAGGUACAUCAACAUCAACAGUCGUCCCAGUCAAAGUCGGAUUCCUGUCAGUCAAUCUCGUGGAUACGCCCGGAUUCAACGACAUAGAAAGAUCAGACGCCGAUAUCCUUUUAGAUAUCUCAAAAUGCCUUGUCGCACUCUCCCGAGCCGGUGGUGAGCUAAGAGGGAUCAUUUAUCUCCACAACCUAGCACUCCCACGAUUUUCUGGAACCUGCAAAGCGCAUAUGGAAAUGUUACAAAAGAUAUGUGGCGACAAAGGUAUCGGAAACGUGUUCCUUGUAGCAUCUAACUGGGACUCUGGAGAUGAAGAUACCUGCAUUCUAAGAGAGCAAAGUCUUCAUUCUAAGUACUGGCGCAGUUUCAUCAACGAGGGUGCAACUUUUACACGUUUCAGGAAUAGCUAUGAAUCCGCGGCGGUCAUAGUCGCCCAAUGCGCAUGGAAGGAGCCAGUUGUUUUCGAUCUCCAAAAAGAAAUCCUGGAGGACGGAUUGUUGCUUGAGAGCACGAGAGCCGGCUUAUUUGCUCUACACAGACGCUCUUUGAGACCAGAAACGCUGAGAAAAGUUCUGAGAGGGGAAGCACCAGGUGCACCCGAAGUUAUCGAAAAGGCGAUUAAAACAGGUGAAGACGAUGAGGAAAAGCUAAAAGUAGAUGUUGUGAAGGAAACAGACAAUCGAUUCAUGGCGAUGAUACGGUCCAAGGGGGCUAAAAGGGCAGCGACUGUACUACAAGUAAUUGUAGUGAUCGCUGGAAUAGGGCUGAACAUCGCUGGUGCUAUGACAGGUUAA